CGACCCAAGGCGAGAUGGCGGGCAAGCGGAAGGCCGGCGACGACAUUACCGGGGCAAGGCAUUGGGCUGCGCGGACGGACACUACAGCCGGCGACGACAUUGCCGGUGCUUUGGCGCAGACUGCAGAGCCGACGGCGAAUGCAGCCGGCGACGGCACUGCCGGUACUUCGCAGGCGCUCGCAGGGCCGACGGCGGCGACUACACCCUCCGCUGUAGGCUACCCCGGCCCCUCUUCCGGUGGAGCUCGCGGGGGCGGGGCCUGGUCGGGGCAGAGUGGAUCCGCUCCGCCGCACCGGCAGGCGCUUGCAGGGCACACGGCGACUACACCAGCCUUCGCUGUAGGCUAUCCCGGCGGCUCGUCCCAUUCCGGCGGAGCUGCUCGCGGGGGAUUCUCUUCGUCGCAUCCGAGGGCGCCGACGACGCAGAUGCUCCAGCCGCCGCUGGGCAAUCCAGCCGUUGGUAGUGCGCCCUUCCCGUACCAGUACCACGCGCCGACCGGCUAUUGUUUCGUCCCCGGCCAGAACCAGAUCCAGAUCGCCGGGCCCUGGCAGACAGGAACAGGGCAGCCGCGCGGCGACUCCGGCAGGCUCCCACUGUGCAUUCUUUGCGGAGAGCCGACCACCUGGGUUUUGGGCUCGGCGCCAUUGUGCGGGGACUGCUACAACGACUAUCUCCUCGCCAACAGCGUGCUUCAGCAGCACCCGCAGAUGGGCUACGCCGGUCAGCAGCGCCAGCUCGACCUCCGCCUUCGCCGGCCUUCUUCCGCGGCGGCGGCGCCCGUUGCCGUCGGCCCACGACCGAGGGCGCCAGGUACUCAGUGGUGCCCUGUUUGCCGUGCGCCCACGACGCGGGUUUUGGGCCUGGAGCCCCUGCGCGAGGACGAGGUUUGCCACGACUAUCUCCUCGCCAGCAACGUGCUUCAGCAGCACCGGCGGAUGGGCUACGUGAUCCCGACUCCAGUCCACGGCUACGCCAGUUCUUCUUCUAGCGCGGCGCCGGAGCAGCAGGCACCUCCACGGGAGUAGAAUGUAGGGCAUAUCUCGUCGCUCCAAUCAGUUUUCGGCAUUACUGUGUCUGUCAGUGAGAAUGUCUACUGAACUCUCGGAGAUGCUUGCUCUGCUUGCUCUGUUUUGACAAAGAUGUGGCCAAUUGUGGCAAUACAUACACACAGUAGA